AUGAGGAACCAGGACGAGAUCACGGAUGCUGUCACAGGCCAUGAGGCAGACCGCAACAGCACACGCAAGGAAAAGAUCGAGUGGCCAGACUCUCCCGCCUCUGAAGUUUCGUUUUCCCAUGGCAAGAUCACUAAGACAGUGGAUGAUGUCGAACAACGCAUCAUCGAGGCCGGUGAAAUAAAAUACCAUCGGGUUGGAUGGGUACAACUCACAGUCCUAUUGAUCGUCGAAGCGAUUGCAUUAGGUGCCCUGUCAAUUCCGUCGGCCUUUGCCACCCUUGGAAUGGUAGCUGGUGUGAUAUGCACGGUUGGGAUUGGUAUGCUUGCGAUAUACACGUCCUACAUCAUUGGGGAACUGAAACUGGCCCAUCCAUCCAUACGACAUUAUGGUGAUGUUGGGACUUUAAUGGCAGGACGUUUUGGAUAUGAAGCAUUCACAGUCAUGCUCAUCUUGUCAUGCGUUUUUGUAACAGGGUCGCAUUGCUUAACCGGCACCAUCGCCUUUCGUCACAUUACUGGAAGCGAUAUUUGCUCUCUUCUGUUUGGCGGCGUCUCCGCCAUCAUCCUGCUGUUGCUGUCAAUUCCCUCGUCUUUUGCCGAUGUGGCCUGGCUUGGAUAUGUCGACUUCGCAUCCAUCAUUGCCGCAAUUGGUAUUACUAUCAUUGCGACGGGAAUCAAAUCUUCGAAUACCCCCGGUGGACUGUCAGCAGUGAACUGGUCCCCGGUACCCCAAGGAAAUCCGAAUUUUGCCGAAGGUUUCAUAGCCAUUAGCAACAUCAUAUUUGCCUAUUCUUUCGCCACCACCCAAUUUUCCUUCAUGGAUGAAAUGCAUACCCCCAAGGACUAUAAGAAGUCAAUCUGGGCGCUCGGCCUCUUGCAAAUAGCGAUCUAUACUAUUACGGGCGCGACCAUCUAUGCCUUCGUCGGACCGGACGUCGAGUCUCCCGCGCUUCUAUCGGCCGGCCCGCUAGUUAGCAAGGUUGCAUUUGGUAUAGCACUUCCGGUUAUUUUUAUCUCGGGCUCGAUCAACACAAUUGUCGCCGGUCGCUUAAUCCAUCAACGGAUAUAUAGCAACAGUAUCACCAGAUAUAUUAAUACGACUGGGGGUUGGAUUACGUGGCUUACUCUUAUCACCGUCAUUACGGUAAUAGCAUGGGUCAUCGCUGAAGCCAUCCCUUUCUUUUCAGACCUGUUAUCCAUCAUUUCAUCUCUUUUCACGUCUGGGUUCUCUUUCUACUUGCCUCCAGUGAUGUGGUUCAUGUUCCUCCGUAAGGGGAAAUGGUACUCCAAGGAGAACCUACUUCGCAGUGUUGUCAACGCAUUAGUUUUCCUCUUCGGCGUGGCUGUCUUGGUUUGUGGCCUAUAUGCCAGUAUUCAGGAUAUAAGGAAUAACUACCGAACCGGCAAGGUCCAUGGUGCAUUCACCUGUGGUCCUGUAUAG